AUGGACACGCCAGUGGAUCCCACUAAUGCUCCUCGGGGUCGCCCCUUGCUCACAUCCCUCUUUUUUUCCAGUUUCGCGCUCCUCUGUUUUUUUCCCGGUUUGGAAGCGGAUGCAGCUUCGACGGUCGACCUGUCCAAGCCCCAUAAAUGCACUGCAGAGGGAGAUGUGACGGUCGUUUUCCAGGCAGACGACACGCAGAAGGUGCUGACGUGCCCCGCCGGCUGGAUUCUGGAGCCCACCAAGGAUGGAUUCGCUUACCAAGGGAGCGAUGCAGAGACCAGGUUGGAGGACAUCUUUAGUGGGGCGAGACUAGACGCACCACAAACCGGAACGUAUCUGCUAACUCUGCCACAUGGUUCCAGUCGCCGACAGCAGUCAUGGUAUUAUACCUGCAGGGCUCCCACUGGGAGCGACAGCUCUGCUGGUGGUUCUUCCCCGGACAACCCUCCGUCGAUAAAUGGACCCCCUAGCCAAGGGAGUGCUCCCUCUCUUCCCGGUCCUCCGAUGGACCCGGAAAAACCCGGUCAUAGCGAUUCCCCUCUGGCGCCCCCUGAGUUGGAAGAAGACGGGGGUGUAGGUGACGGUAGCGGUGACCCCAGCUCUACCCCCGUUACACCGGAAAAGAUUCCCGCAGAUAAAGACGAAAAUGCCGACCCAGGGCGACCGGGUCUCGGUGGGAACUCCAACGGCCCUGAGGGACAAAACCACGAGGUUAAGCAACAGCCUGAGCAGCUUGACGAUAGGCGGCCCCAUCCCGAGGCGCAAGGGCACAACCAAGAUCUUCGGCAAGCCACGGGGUCAGAAGUCCGUGGGGAAGGAGAGAUGCAGGCCUUAUCACUCAGCAGGUCAGGCUUUCCCGUUUAUCGGGGCGCUCGUCGGGAAGCACGGAACACCUGCAGAAUCACGAUCGACGUCCUGCCAUCUAACCUCAUUGAGUGCGCCGCCGCAGGCGCGACAAAGACUGCCGCCGUCUCAGCCGCGGGCGAGCGAGUGGCCUUCAAGUGUGGAGAGGGCCUGGCUCUGAAGCCGGAGGAGUUGGAUCGGGUUUUCGACGACAAGGACGGGCUGUGCGCGUCGCAGGUUGCUCUGACCACACUUGUUCGUGGAUCGCUGUCUAGACUGCCCCCCGUGAGCGAUCUCCAAGCCAAGCCCGCUGCGUACGUUUUGCGAGUGGACGAGUUGCCAGCCGAGCAACAGGCGCUCUGCUACAAGUGUGUCGGCACGUCGACAGGGGCGAAGACUGAUGAAGAGCCAAAGGAACCUUUGAAAGAGUGUCUGGUCAAGAUCGCUGUCUCCUCAGCCGCUUCAUCGCAAUCGUGUGUGGCUGACUUGCUCUCUUUCCAUCCUCUGCUUGUACUGCUCGCUCUCAGUUCCGUUCACUAA